AUGGACCUCUUUGCUCUGGGUUACGCUGCUUCUGACACCAUCACGACGCUCUUCAGAAUAGUCAAGAACUACGACAUGCCAGCGUUUCUGAAGCUGGAUUUUAUACGAGUGAGUCGCCUCUCUUUUGCCAGUGCAAGAAUAGUCAAGAACUACGACAUGCCAGAGUUUCUGAAGCUGGAGUUUAUACGAGUGAGUCGCCUCUCUUUUGCCAGUGCAAGAAUAGUCAAGAACUACGACAUGCCAGAGUUUCUGAAUCUGGAGUUUAUACGAGUGAGUCGCCUCUCUUUUGCCAGUGCAAGAAUAGUCAAGAACUACGACAUGCCCGAGUUUCUGAAGCUGGAGUUCAUCAGGGUGAGUCGCCAAUUGGGCAACGCGACUGCGCCUGCUACUUCUGCUAAAGCGGCUGCCGCGCCUGCUAACGCGACUAAAUCUGGAAAUGCUACAAAAGUCGCUAACAGCGCGCAUGGAGUGGCUACGGCGAGGCUGAGCAAGGGCGCGGGCGAAGGAAAGAACUCCACAUGCGCCUACUACGGAAACUACAACGCCAACCCUUACUUCGGCAAGGGACUCACCGCGAAGAUUCCUGACGCGCUCUUCAGCAAGCGAUGCGGCGCGUGCUUCAAGGUGAUCUGCAGCAACGACACGAAGCGCUGCCGCAGCGGCAAGGCCACCGUCACCGUCCGCGUCGUCGGCGCCACCAAGACGGAGGGGAAGCAGAUUUCGCUCUCCGCCGUCUCAUGGGCGAAAAUCGUGCAGGGUUCGGAAACUGCCCCUGUGAACAUCACGUACAAGCGCACCAACUGCGUUUCCACCGCCGGAUCGGCGGUGCGCGUGCGCAGCAACUCCACCGCGGAGCAUUUUAACAUUCAGAUGGUCGGCCUUGCCGGGCCCGGCACGCUUACCGAGGUAGAGCUUAGCGCGGACGGCAAAAAGUGGGUGAAGCUGACCCGCGACGGAAACAAGGCGAUUUGGGGGAUCAAGGGCAAGGAGGCGAAGGCGGUUGUGGGCGCGAAGAAGGCUAUGAGCGUUCGCCUCACUGCGGGACACACCAGGGAGAAGAUCACCCUCGCGAAUGUCAUUCCCACCGCCUGGAAGCCUCAAACGCUCUACUCGUCCAAGACCAACUUCAAGAAACUCAUGGCUGAGGCCAAGUAG